AUGGCCGUUCGAUAUCGUCCGGGAAAAGAAGAAAGCGACAGUAACUCAUUGAUCGAAGAGAACGAUACGAGUGAAAAGCCUGUAUCUUCAUCAUCCGAAUCAUCGGAAUCAGGCGAUGAAAUGUUGAAUACCCAUUCUACUGUCGUAAAACGAAGCAAUUGGAAGAAAGAUCAAUGGAAUAUAGUCGUAUUGUUAUUUCUUUAUUUACUACAAGGUAUUCCAUUGGGCAUGGCAGCAUCAAUUCCACUUAUUAUACAAAGUUAUGGUGCUAGUUGGUCUCAGCAAGCAACAUUUUCGUUUGCAUUUUGGCCAUUUAGUCUGAAACUUCUUUGGGCACCUAUUGUGGAUGCACUUUAUCUAAAGCGAUUUGGUCGCAGAAAAUCUUGGUUAAUACCGAUUCAAUAUUCCAUUGGAAUUGUCAUGAUUAUCCUAUCUUAUUAUAUCAACGAUAUUCUACUCGAACCAGCGUCCGCGACAACCAAUCAACAUCCACAUAUUCUCUUUUUAACAUCAAUCUUCUUCGGUUUAUCAUUUUUGGCAGCAACUCAAGAUAUAUGUGUCGAUGGUUGGGCUCUUUCGAUGCUUUCAAGAGAAAAUGUUGGCUGGGCAAGUACAUGCAAUUCGGUUGGUCAGACUGCUGGUUAUUUCCUAGGGAAUGUUGUGUUUCUUGCACUUGAAUCGAAAGACUUUGCAAAUCGAUAUGUGCGCCAACCAUUACAAAUGGAAUUACAAUCUACUGGAUUAAUAACACUACCUGGUUUUCUGACAUUUUGGGGCGUUGUCUUCGCCAUAUCCACAACAUUUAUUGCUCUGUUUAAACAUGAAACUGAUGAGACUAAUGAUUCCAAUGAGCCACACUUCGGUUUGAUUGAUACAUAUAAAAUUCUUCUUCGUGUUCUGCGGUUACCUGCAGUUCGAAGUAUGGCAAUAGUUUUACUCACAAUCAAGAUUGGCUUUGCAGCAGUCGAUUCAAUGACCGGUUUAGAAUUAAUUGAACGUGGUGUCCGAAAAGAUACAUUAGCUCUAUUAGCAAUUCCACUAAUUCCAUUAGAAAUAUUUUUACCAUUUCUCAUUUCACGGUAUACAACAGGAGCAGAACCAUUGAAUUUAUUCGUCAAAUCUCAUCCAUUCCGAUUGCUGAUUGGUGUUGUCCUCGCUAUAUACGUUGCUCUUACGCCGUCAUUUCAGAAUUAUGACAGGUCAUUUCCUUGGUAUUAUUAUGCAUUAGGCGUUUUUCUCUAUGGUAUUCAACAAGUGUUCAUGUACAACAUGUUUGUGUCCCAAAUGGCAUUUUUCGCUAAAGUUAGUGAUCCGAAGAUCGGUGGAACUUACAUGACACUAUUAAACACAUUGUCAAACCUCGGUAGUAGUUGGGUUUCCACUGGAGUUCUAUAUUCAGCCGAUUUCCUAACUUGGAAAACGUGUUCGCUAGGCGAUGGUAAAUGCAGUACACCAGCUGAAGAGAAAAAUUGUGGAAUGUUGGGUGGCGCGUGUCGACCGUAUGUCGACGCGUAUUAUAUCGAAGUCAUCAUUUCUACAACCAUUGGCAUUAUUUGGCUUAUAUGGAAAUAUCGAACUAUCAUACGGUUGCAAAAUCUACCCAUUAGUGCGUGGCAAGUGCGCGGGGACAAUCAAAAGUACAAAACUUUAGCAACGGACGAAUAA